UUGUAACACCAUGCAAAAUGGCCGCUCCACAGCAACCGGCUUGCCAAAUUUUCUCAUUCCGAGACUGCAAAGCUUCUCCGGAUCCAAUAUUCAAUCUCCCGGCCUCAUGUGGGACGUCGACCCCUAUCGUGAUCGACAAUGGUUCCUUCCAAACGAGGGCCGACUGGGCCACGGCGGACUUGGACGCUCCACGACUGCUCUUCAGGUCCGUGGCGGCGCGGAGCAGAGGGGCCGCCCGCAGCGAGACCCAGAUUGGUAACGACAUCCCCAACCUGGAGCCUCUACGGUGGCUGCUUAAGAGUCAGUUCGACCGGGAUGUGGUGGUCAAUUUUGAGAUCCAGGAAUUGAUUUUUGACCAUGUUUUUAGCCACUUGGGCAUCACCUCGGAGGGUCGUGUGGAGCACCCCAUCGUGCUGACCGAGGCGCCAUGCAAUCCUCUUCACUGCCGUCAGAUGAUGUCGGAGUUGCUGUUCGAGUGCUACGGCGUCCCUCAUGUCUCGUACGGUGUGGACGCCCUGUACAGUUUCCAUCGCGGCAAUAAUCAGAGGAACCCACUACAUCCACGGACAGGCAUCAUUUUAUCCUCAGGGUACCAUUGUUCACACAUCCUGCCUGUGAUCGAGGGAAGGUUCGAUGCGAUGAACUGCAAGCGAGUGAAUGUGGCCGGAGGUCAGGCAGCAGCUUACCUGCAGAGGCUCCUGCAGCUCAAAUACCCUGGUCACUUGGCCGCCAUCACGCUCAGCCGUAUGGAGGAGCUCCUGCAUGAGCACAGCUACACUGCUGUGGACUACCAAGAAGAGCUAGAAAAGUGGCGUAGCCCCGAUUUCUAUGAGCGCGAGGUCCACAGGAUGCAGCUUCCCUUCUCCGGCAAGUUGCCUGGUGGCUGUGUGAGUGCCGAGGAGAGGCAAGAGAGGCGAGCUCAGCAGCUGAGGCGUCUUCAGGAGAUCAAUGCCCGGCGACGUGGAGAGAAACUGCAGCAGGAUCAAGAAAGGCUGGACAGACUGAUGGCCGUGCAGGAGCUGCUAGAGGACGGCCUGUUGGAUCAGUUCCACAAGAGUCUAGUAGAGCUCAACAUGGACUCGGCUGAGGAGCUCCAGUCAUACAUCAACAAACUCCAGCAGGCCGUGGAGCAGGGCAGACACAAGCUGCUGCACAGCGACGCCACGGAGGGAAAGACGGAGGUGUCCGAGCUGGAGCAACCUAUGGAGGAAGGCGACGGUAUGGCAAUGAUGUAUUCGGACUUCCCGGAGGACACCCUUCCGGAAAAACCUCUUAAUGUAGUCCAGCCAGCCUUCAAUAUGGCAGAAUACCACCAACUCUUUGUGGGCACAGAGCGACUACGCUGCCCGGAGAUCCUCUUCCAGCCCUCGCUGACCGGAGAGGACCAGAUGGGACUGACGGAGACGCUUCAGUAUGUGUUGUCCAUGUACACUAAAGAGCAGCAGGAGGCACUGGUCAGCAACGUGUUCCUGACCGGAGGCAACAUGCAGUAUCCUGGCAUGAAGGAAAGGAUGGAGAGAGAACUCCUGGCCAUAAGACCCUUUCAGUCGCACUUUAAGGUGACAAUGGCGUCACAGCCGUCCUUGGACGCCUGGUUGGGUGCCAGAGACUGGGCCCUGGAGCACCCCCUUAGCGGUGAAGAUGAGGGCUGGAUCAGUCGUCAGGACUACGAGGAAAAAGGAGGCGAGUAUCUCAGCGAACACUGCGCCUCCAACGUCUUCGUCCCAAUGAAGGUCAACAAAAAUGGUCCGCCUCGACCGGCCGAAGUUCCCGUCGCCAUGGUUACAGCAGCUCUGACAGCCUCUUCGUCUGCAGCUGAUGUUGCCAUGGUGACAUCCUAAACUUACUUGCGAUGAGUGUUCGUUGAUUUGAGUGCAAGGAUUACACCAGGAAGCGUAUUUGAGCUAAAAUGGACGACCUCGUAGUGAGGCUGUCAUGUGAUCUCUCCCAGCCAAUCAGUACUUUAUUUAAAAUAUUUUUUGUACAUUUGUAAAUAUACUUUUUUUUACCGGUCAAGGGGCCACACAGAUAAGUCAAUUACAUAAGAAUAGUGGAGCUAUACUGUACUGUAUUAUUUCACAUUUGGACAUAAAUCUGGAAUAUAUACAUUAUAGACUAUAUAUUAUAGACUAUAAUGUGAGCUCUGGUGUCAUUAAAAAGCUUGAAUUGUGUUCAGUGCAGAUGAAUAAGCUCCUCCAGUGCACGCUAUUAAGGUAGCAGACAUCUGCAGUCUAAUAGUAUUAAGAUGUAUGAAAGUGUGCCACAGCUCAGGCUUCAAACCCUCUGCCAGCUUGUUCUGUUUGUCCUCAAGACACACACACACACACACACACUCACACACACAGUAGGGGCAUAGAGAGGCUAAUCGUAGCCAAAGCAGUCGUGUGACUGCAGGAUGUUUGGCUCAAAUGUAACGAGCGAUUAAAAGAGGGGAAACAAGGUAAUAUUCAUGAGCGCCUGAGGAAGUAAACAUUUCUUUGUCUGCAUUCCUGAUGACGGGAGAGGAACAGUUCAGGUGCAAAAUGGCUGAGGUCAAGUCCCAUAUUACCGUAUUUUCCGGACUAUAAGUUGCACGUUUUUUCAUAGGUUGGCGGUUCCUGUGACUUAUGUGACUUACACUGGACACCUUUUCUGUUUAUGUUUAUUUUUUGUGUAGCUGAAUAACCAUUGUGUUAGCAUAUCUUACACCUAUUCAGCCUGUUCUCUAUUCUUUUAUUAUUGUUAGAACUUGCCUUCCAAGAGGACGUAAUGUCUGUUUUGGUCAAGUAGUUUGUAAAAUAAAUUACCCGCAAAAAUGCGAUUUAUACUCCAGUGCGACUUAUGUAGGUUUUUCUACCUAAUUAUGCAUUUUUGGCAUUGUGCGACUUAUACUCCGUAGUCCAGAAAAUACUGUAUAUGACAACCUGUCAUUGCCACAUCAUCACGUGGAGUGGGCAUGCCUGGAAUUAAAACCGACUGUUUUGGAAAGCCAAGAAAAUACAGCUGAAUAGGUACAGAUUCUGGAAGAUCUAUAAAGUUUUAUGUGUGGGUUAUUGUGUGUAGCUGCUCUACAGGAGUCCACAACUCAAUACAAAGGCUGAAAAUGAGCAUCAUCGGUAUCCGUGCCUCAUGUUUUGGAAAGCCAAAAAAAAUACAGCUGAAUAGGUGCAGAUUCUGGAAGAUCUAUAAAGCUUUAUGUGUGGGUUAUUGUGUAUAGCUGCUCUAUAGGAGUCCACAACUCAAUACAAAGGCUGAAAAUGAGCAUCCCUGCCUCAUGUUUUGGAAAGCCAAGAAAAUACAGCUGAAUAGGUGCAGAUUCUGCAAGAUCUAUAAAGUUUUAUGUGUAGGUUAUUGUGUAUAGCUGCUCUACAGGAGUCCACAACUCAAUACAAAAGGCUGAAAAUGAGCAUCAUGGAUAUC